GGCGUAGUCGCUGUAAGUACAUGGCAAAUUCCUGCAGACAGUGAGGAUGAAGAGCUCUUAAUCAGUAGAUUAAAGCCCUUUAAUUGAUUAUUUUGAUAGUGAUUGUCGUUCAACGUUAAAACGAUGACUUCAAAGGACCCGAAUGCAUCAAAUAGUGCCUUGCUUUAUUUGAUUUAUCAGCAUUUAAAGGAGAAUGGUUACCAGAAGGCUGCAAACGUGCUGAAAAAACAUGUAACUCAGGUAUGUUUUGAUACUAUCCAACUCUUUUUUUUGUUUGUUUCAACUUCUCACACCUAUAUGAGCACAUAGUGUAUUUGACCAUUUUGAAAUGUGUGUGAUUAUCUCAGAUUGAAGUCGUGUAAUUCAAUAUUAGGUGAGAUUUUCUUUAAUUAUGUUAAAUAUUGUUUCUCUGAAUAAACCUACUUUUAUACAAAUAAGGUUUGCAAUCUACUUUCCCUUUGAAAGGUGCGUCUUUCUGAAUCGCUACCUUGGAUUUAGUCAUCCAUAAUUGAUGGAGAACAUUAUGUAACAGUUGAACACACGUUGGGGCCAUGAAUGGUGGCACUGUACAUUUUGUGAAAUGCGCACCCUCGUCGUUGUUGCGAAAUGGUCUUCGUCUAUUUGUUUUUCAAAUGAAUAAAUUUAUUUAAAGCGAUUGUAUAUGUAUUCAGUUGUUUUUAAUACUUUUUGAAGAAUGUAUAGAGACUUAUUUAAUAUAAAAUACUCUACAUCAUUCUGCCCUAUGCAUUUAUGCUUUUGGUGACCCACAGAUAGAAACACCAGAAGAGAUCACCUCUUUACAUGCCAUCUACACAAGUUGGACCAAGUAAGUAUAGUAUAAUAUGUCAUAUUAGUAUAGUUUGCCUCAGGCAUAUAUUGUCAUUAUGCAGUGCAUAUAAAACAUAGUAGUGUACUAUGUGCCUGAGGGCAGGUAGUUUAGUGGUUAAGAGCGUUGGGCCAGUAACCGAAAGGUCGCUGGUUUGAAUCCCCGAGCCGACUGAGAGAGAAAAUAUGCCGAUGUGCCCUUGAGCAAGGCACUUAACCCUAAUUGCUCGUGUAAGUUGCUCUGGAUAAGAGCGUCUGCUAAAUGACUUAAAUGUAAACAUGUUAUGGCAUCUUAAGGUAAAUCAUUUGUUAUGUACUGCUGCUAUAACACAUUUUCAGGGUCUCAGAAAUCGGACAAAAUCCGAAACAAGAGCCUGAAGUGGAUUCCACCACCCUGAAGAAGAUUAAGGCCGAUCCAUCUACCAAAGAAGAUGUGGACUCAAAACCAAUUGGUAGGCUACCAAACCUCCUGCCCUACAUGAAAUUAAAUUUUCACAGUGUAUCAAAUUCACAAACCCUUAAUCAACCAAAAAACAACAUUCAACUGUUCCACAGAUAACAUAGACUUGAUACAAUAAAACUUUAUUGUCCAUGUUACGGCGAACAAUGAAAAUGUGUCUUCUGCUCUGUUCUCAACCCCCCCCCCUCUCAGAGGGCACACAUAGUUGAGACAAGCACAGGGUCAAACUACAGGGGCCAAGCUGCCCAACGGUAGGGGAAUGUCUUUAGGAUGUGAACCCAGCAGCCCUUCAGUUGACAGAUAAAUUCCCCCCUUUAUCCAGCACCCUGACCCAGGAAUCGAACCGGCCACCCUUCGGCUACAGGUCCAACUCCUUAGCUGCUGGGCUACGUACCGCCCCAUCUGGCAUUCAUAGCUGCACAUGAUCAACCAUGUAAAAUCAGCUUUCUUCAUGACUCUGCUGUUUUUCAGAUCCUCUACCUCCAGCUCCUCACACACCCCAGGCUGCAACCCCAGAGAAUGAGGAGCUGGUCCCACAGGAUGAGGUGGGUAGAUAGAGGAGGAGCUGUGGUUUGGGUCGGGCCUUGGCACCAGCGCUAUAUAUAUAUAUAUAUAUAUGUGGUGUAGAGAUUUAUGUCAAGACAAUACAUCCUUUUGGGAACUUGAAUUGGUUUGGAUUAGCAAAUUGAACAUUGUUACAUUUUUCCAGGACAGUUAAUACAAUCAUAACACAGAUAUUAUACAGUAUUUAUCAUGAUUUAGCUCCAUUUGAUAUAGUUGCUGACUACUGACAUUCCGAUUCCAUUAUAGAAGUUGUCAUCUACUCCAGUCAGUAACGGGACAGUGGAAACAUCAGCGCCUGUCCCAGCGGUCACCCCUUUAAAACCAGCAGAGAGCUCAGACAGUGACUCUGAGAGCGAAGAGGAGAUUCCCUUCACACAGGUGAAACAUGCUGUUCCAUUUGGAGGACAAAGACUUUCUUGAUAAGUGAGGUAUAUACAGUAUAUGAAAUUGACUGUGUAUCCCAUGUGUCUGAAUGCUUACCUCUCUUCCAGGGAGCUACUGUCACCCCAAAGGCCUCUUCAGCUGUCCCUACCACCACGCCCUCAAAACCUGCAGACGGUGACAGCCAAUCAGACAGUGAGAAUGAGAUUCCUCCAUCACAGGUGAGGGGUCUUACGACAAUUGUGUUAUAACUACAAUCAGUGAAAUUCAGAUUUUUUAAAGUGUUUGUGUGUGUUUCAGACUGUUGUCACUCCCAGUAAGGCCGCAGCUCCCAGUAAGACUCCAGCCACCCCUACAGCUCCCAGUAAGAUUCCAGCCACCCCCACAGCUCCCAGUAAAGCAGAGAGUUCAGACAGUGACGACUCAGACAGUGAAGAGGAGGUCACUGUCAAGGUAUGUCACACCUGAAUCGGUAGAAAUGAAAUUAAUUUCAGCUAAAUUAUUGGACUGGUAAUGUUUACUCUUAGGUAAUACCAUGGUUAUUCAACAACGCCUGACUGCCAUGCAUUUGUCUUUCCAUCUUCUCUGCUCUGUGUUUUUAGAAACUAACAUCUAAAGCUGCUCCCAAGACUCCUGCUGUAGGGAAGAAAGCACAGAGCUCUGACAGCGACAGCUCCGAAUCAGACAGUGAGGAGGAGCCUACUAAAAAGGUGAAUCCUAAUGAUACCUGGCUACAGUAUGCUCUCACACAAAUGUAAGGUUGUGUCUGAAAUAUAUUCAAUCACAUACAAGCUGGUCGAUCAUAUAAUUUAAAAACCUCGGACCACAAUGAUCGGUGACUUCCUGAACUUCCUUUGACCCAUUGUACUGUAUUUUUUAUGAAUCAACUUAAACAGUAGAGAUACACCGACAAACAUAUCUGUCGUCCAGUCACUGUAAUGAUGUGUGUAGACAUUGACAUAUAUAUUAUUAUAGUCCUCUAAAUCCACAGCUAACUCCCCUGUGGACAGUUUUUUUUUUGUCAGGGCUGUACUGCUCCUCUGUCUUUGUGCUGAAGCAGUGAUCCAUGGUCCUGUAACUCUGUUUGGACAGGGUCAAUCCCCUUGGCUCUAGCCUGACGAGCUCUACAGUGGCGCUCAGCUCCGAGUGAUUGUCUGUGACACCGUCCAGGAAACAUGGUUCUCAUGCCAUGCUUCAUUUGUCUCUGUUCCAGAACCCUGUGGCAACACCCAAAAAAGCCAAGCCUGUGGCUGCAACUCUGGUCAAGGCAGACGCAGUGAAAUGCACCCCUGUUAAAAAACCAACAGACAGCUCAGAAAGUGACAGUGAUGACACUGAGGAGGAGGUUCCUGUAAAGGUAGGUCACAACUGACUAAUAUCAUGCUACCCUGUCCUAUAGCAAGUUAUUUUGCUUGAAGAGCUUGAUAUAAUUAUUUGUUUCAGAAACCUGCACUGACACCCAAAGCUGCUCCUGUGAAACCAGCCAAGCCGAGCCCAGCAGCCCCAGUGAAGCCCAGUGUAGUCACCCCCAGUCAGGCUAAAGCUGCUCCCAAGACUCCUGCUGCAGGAAAGAAAGCACAGAGCUCUGACAGCGACAGCUCCGACUCAGACAGUGAGGAGGAGGCUCCUAAGGUUAGUAAAAUAAUCCUACUAUAUAGAUUGCAACCCGUCCCAUUUACUGUACAACGCACAACAUUAUCUACUGUAGCUCAAUGAUGACAUAGGAACUGCAGUAGACCAUAGACACCAGAAGUCAUUACUGCUGUGAUAGUCUCCAGCGCUGCAUUUGCUCUCUCCCCUCAGAAAGUGACACCUAAGACCAAGCCGGGGGCAGCUGCUCCACUUAAGGCUGUAGCAGUGAAAACACCAGAACCAGUGAAGUCCAGCAAACCAGCUAUCACUCCCUCAAAACCAGCAGAGAGCUCAGACAGUGACAGCAGUGAGGAUGACAUUCAUCUCACACAGGUUAAAGAAUACUCUUGGACUAUUAGAAUGUGCAAACAGCAUUUUUCAGUGGAAUCAUGUCUCGAAAAUGUACAACUUUAAUGUUGUUUAUUGACACUGGUCUGUGUGGAUUUGUGUUUCAGACUCCUGCUAAAGUCAUAAAGGCAGCUCCCAGUAAGACUCCAGCCACCCCUACAGCUCCCAGUAAGGCCUCAGCUCCCAGUAAGAUUCCAGCCACCCCUACAGCUCCCAGUAAGGCCUCAGCUCCCAGUAAGACUCCAGCCACCCCUACAGCUCCCAGUACAGCAGAGAGUUCAGACAGUGACGACUCAGACACUGAAGAGGAGGUUACUGUCAAGGUAUGUCACACAUGAGAAGUAGUCAUUAAACCAGUUCCCCUUGUCACUAAGAAAAACUAAUAUUGAGUUGGUUUUAUUCCUGAUAUCAACCUUGAUAUAAUUAUUUGUUUCAGAAACCUGCACUGACACCCAAAGCUGCUCCUGUGAAACCAGCCAAGCCGAGCCCAGCAGCCCCAGUGAAGCCCAGUGUAGUCACCCCCAGUCAGGCUAAAGCUGCUCCCAAGACUCCUGCUGCAGGAAAGAAAGCACAGAGCUCUGACAGCGACAGCUCC